AUGAUAGGUGCUUGCGUUUUGGCUAAUGAGUUCACUUUUUCUGCUGUUUUGCCUGUUUGUGGUCAAGUUGGGGUUGUUUUUAAUGGGGAGCAGGUUCAUUCUUUGAUAUGUAAACAUGGGGUUGCGAUGUGUUUGUUUGUUGGGAGUGCAUUGGUUAAUAUGUAUGGGAAGUGUGGUGAUAUGGGCUUGGCAAAGAAGGUAUUUGAUGAAAUGCCUAAGAGAAAUCUUGUUUCGUGGGAUUCGAUGAUAAGUAGGUUUUUGGGGAAUAAGAUGUAUGUUGAUGCAGUUGGGGUGUUUAAAGAAGUGCUUGGUGGGGAAUUUGUGCCAGGUGAAGUGACGUUUUCGAGUGUUUUGAGUGCCUGUGGGAAUAUGGGUAGUUUGGAUUUUGGGAGGCAGGUUCAUGGAGUGGUUGUGAAGUAUGGAUUGGUUUCGUUAGCUUAUGUAAAGAAUUCUUUGAUGGACAUGUAUAUAAAAUGUGGGUUACAUGAAGAUGCGUAUGGGUUGUUUCAAAUAAUCGAAGAGAGAGAUGCGGUCACGUGGAAUGUUAUUGUUAUGGGAUUUGUUCAAAAAGGGAAUUUUGAAGAGGCAUGGAAUCUUUUUGGGGCUAUGAGAAGAAAAGGGAUAUCUCCUGAUGAUGUGAUGUUUUCUACUGUGCUACAUGCCGCUGCUAGCAUUGCAGCAUUUGAUCAGGGUUCCUUGGUGCAUAAUCAGCUUGACUCUUGCUAA